UCUUUGUGGCGGGAAAGAAGGAUGCUUCGAUUUUGAGGGGCAGCAGAAAUUCUCCAACUGUGACGAUUCCGAGGCCGUUCUUGGGGCCAGCACCUCCGUUCACAGGAGGGAACCCUCAGGCCCAGCUGCCCAAUUUUAAGGACAGAAGAGAAGCUCCGGAACUCGCCCAGCCCAGCCCACGCUCACCUUGUAGGUCAUGGCUUUCUCUGCCACUCUGAUAUCUGAAUGCAGCCCCCACAAAAUGACAGAGCUUCCAAGUAACUCUGCGCCAGAACGAAUCCUUCUGUGAAUGAUAACGUGGUGAACCGCAUCGGCAGCGUGGAAGGUCAUGCGCUGGAAUGUCAGCAGCACAGCCACUCACGUAGAAGAAGCAACAAACUAGGUUUAUAAUGUUCGAGACGAAUAAUUGGAUGAAAUUGCCUGGGUGUCAGUAUAUUGCCAGUACCAACUGCGACUUUUCUUUACUCGACACGAACAUAAAUGUCUAUGACGAAAUUAAAUUGCGUAUAAGAGCAGAAGAAGGAAACAGCACUUCUCCAUGGCACGAGCUGGACGCUUUUAUACCACAGCAUGAAGCUCGAAUUGGCCCUCCGGAGGUGCAUUUAGAAGCUGAAGAUAAGGCGAUAAUAGUAAGCAUCUCUCCUCCUGGAGGAAAAGACAGUCUCAUGUGGGCCAUGGACAAGUCCAGGUUCAACUACAGCGUAGUCCUGUGGAAGAGCGCUUCAGACGUUCAGACAUUCCAUACUGUGUACCCCAGAUACCGGAUAAGCCCCCUCUCCCCCGAGACUACCUACUGUGUGAAAGUGAAGGCGAGGCUUCUGCUGCAGAGGAGGCCUUCCGUGGAGAGCCCCCUGCGCUGCGUGAACACCACCGUAGAAAAUGCUGACCGACUGCCCGCACCAGAGAACCUGCAGGUCAGCGGGAAGGAUCAGGUCUACGUCCUUCAGUGGAACUACACCCACGAGAACGUGACUUUCCAAGCGCAGUGGCUCUCCACCUACUGGAAAAAGACUGCAAACCACGAGGCGAAGUGGGCCCCGGUGCGGAGCUGCGAGAACGUCAGAGCCGCGCAGUGCGCCUUCCCCCGCAGCACCUUCUCCAGGGGGCUCUACUUGUUCCGCGUGCGCGCCUCCUGCGGGAACCGCACGUCCGCGUGGUCCCAGGAGAAGGAGUUCGACACCGAGAGCCAGGCCGCCGUCCCCCCUCCCCUCACGGUCUUGAAGGCCGUCAACAGCAGCUCGCUGCGCGUCUUCGUGGGCCCGCAGAGCAAGGCUGGGCACCAGCGCUACCUGCCAACCUACGAAAUUGUUCUUUGGGAACACACUUCAAACGUGGAGAAAACAAUUACGGAGGAAAGGGCUGACUUCAUUAUUCCGAACUUGAAAGCGCUGACCGUGUACUGCGUCAAGGCCAGGGCGCUCCUGCACACCCGCAAGUGGAACAGCAGAAGCGAGUUCGGCGACACCGUGUGCGAGAGGACACAGCCAGGAGACUCUCCCAGGGCCUGGCUGACGGCUGUCACCUGCACUGUGCUCGGUGUCACCUUCGCCCUGUGCGCCCUGCAGGGCCUCCGGAGACUGGUGGGCUACGUGUUCUUCCCACACCGCGCACCGCCCUCCGCCAUCGACCAGUACAUCUCUGAACAGUCACUAAAGAACAUACUACUUUCCACUUCCGAGGAGCAAACUGAAAAAUGUUUUAUAAUUGAAAAUAUAGACACUAUCGCCCUAGUAGAAGAAACUAGUCGAACUGGUGAAGGUCACAAAACGUACAAUUCCCAGACCAGUGAGGACUCGGGAAACUACUCUAACGACGAUGACGAGACCAGCGGCAGCAGAGCGAGCGGCGACCUUGGGCAGGAGGGCGCUGCGUGGCGGGAGUGAGCGCCAACCCCGGGGGCAUGGCUGGCCUCCGCCACGGGCCUCGGCCCCUCGUGUCUCCUGGUGCCGGGAGGACGUGUGCUGGUUGGAGGAGAAACAUCCUUGUGUCGUGCGUCCUAAAAACAGGCGAGUGCGUCACCUGUUUACAGAGCAGUUGCAGGAAUCUGGGGACAGGCCUUCCACGUCGCUUCCCCCCGGGGGACGUCUUCAGAGACCUGUCCCGGCCUCGGGGGGUCUUCGUGCACCCACUGGUCGAUGCCGUCACAGCGCUGCUGGGUGCUGCGCUGUCACUGCACAUUGUUCAUCCCGAGGACACAGCCCCGCGUGCCUCAGGAGGUGCUUAGAUGUUGGGUCUUUUCCUUCUGCCACUGACGCAGGCCCUAGGGAGGUUCUCUGGAAACGCUGACGACCACCACCACGGACAAGACUUCCUGAAAGGGUAGCUCGCCCCAGAGGCAUCUCAGGUGCCAGGAACGUGAGACCGGGCGUUUCUCAGAGGACUCGUGCCAAGCGCGUGGGCUCUGUCCGGCGUCGCAGCUCCCUGAGCUUGCGAGGCUCAGGGCUCAGACCAGGUUCUCCCUGCGGUCACCCAGAAGCCUGAUUCCGCCCGAGGUGGAGCGACAGAUCAGAAUGUGCAGUGGGGUGGAGUGAAGAGGUCAGUGGCAGGGCCUUGGCUGCAGACAAUGUGAGCCGAGGAAAUCUCGGUUGUGGCAGCUAAGAGGCGCCGCUGACAUUGGCCCCUGAGACGUGGGAGCGCGUCUCCAGGGUUGGAGAUCCCAGUGGCUGUCAAGGAGCGGUGUCUGGGCCUCGGUAGCAGCACACAGGAUGCCCCGGGCUCGCUGGCCGUGGGGACGGGCGCACGCAGGAUGCCCCGUCUGCCGCAGCCUCGCUGGGCGCUUGUCCAUGGGCCAGCGGGCCUUUUCCUGAGACUCUGGACUUGGGGGCACUGGUGGCCUGUCUCAAAACUAUCGCGCUGAUGGCUCUUGGCAUGGAUAGAUGUAACCUAAGACUUUGUGUGAAAGAUUUACAUUGUUGCAGCCAGCACUACUGCGAUUAGUAUUAACAUAGAAGGUAGACGAGUGUCUCAGAGGCGUGCUCAGUGGCACGGUCUGCUGUCAUGGCCAUGCGCACUUAACGCCCACACGCACUGUGUGGCCCAUGGCCCAUUACAGGGCCACGAAGCACCGAGCCUAGGUUCUCCUCAGAGCAUUAGAAAUGCUGUUCAGAACAGCAUUUGACCAGAACUUCGCAACCUACAAAAGUUAUUUUACAAACAGCAUUAGAGUUCUGUGUCUUUUACCCGGCCUGCCAUCUCGAAAGCAGCGUCUGGUAGCACCUAAGAAUCAGAGAAUGCACUGAAACUUCCCUUCUUACCCCUCCUUGCAGCCCGUGACUGCCUGGCGUGUUACUUGUUUGCUGGGUCUGAGGUCUGACUGCCCCCACGAGCCCCCGCGCUCUGGGAGAGCAGGUGUCUCCCGUGUCCGCGGGCCCAUCCCCGGCCCUGCCCUGGUGCGGAGCCCAACACUGUGUAGGUGCGGGAAACGGUGGUCGAGUGUGAGAUGCACAGUUUGAUGUGAGUGAGUGUUUCUGAUGGUGUCUGUGUGUUCACUGACUUGUAGAAGGACUUGCAGAUGUUUUCCCUGUCUCCUUUGAAAGCCUUUUGUACCGAUAAUUCUGUGUUUUUGUCUUAAACCGUAUUGCUGUAAGUAGUUUUCAUGUUGAUGUAAUAAAACUAGGGGCCAAAAGUC